AUCGAGUCUAAUAUAGGUCCCGCCCUCCGCACCGAUAGGGCGGCAAGGCCAAUUAUCAGCCUCACGGCACAGACGCGCGUAAGUAGUGUAUACUCGAGCUUUUUGGGUAACAAUAUCGCGUAAAUGCCUGAGAGAAUUCUUAAUUCCUCUCUUACGGUUACAUAGAGCUUGACCCAUAUGACAUCGAUCGGGUUCGCCGUCGCGUUAAUAUUCAGACAUAAACUUCAAACAGCAUGUGGCUAUCGCCCCAACAUGUUCGUCUCCCAUUGGACAGUAUUUUUUUCAGCUUUGGACAAGGAAUAUUGAUUCCUGACCCCUGAAUAAUGCACAAUUGUUGCCCGAUCAGGAAUGUUCGGGUCUAAUGUAGUAUCGAGGCAACGCUGUCGUGCCAGGUCGUUUCGUCUGUUUUACUUUGCUGACUGACACUGACCGCCAAGCUAUGACGCCUCCAGAAGAUCUCGAUAUCUGGUGUAGGUCUAGUGUAGUAUAUGGAGUCCCAUAUGUACUGUACUUAUACAGUGCUGUGUUUCUGCAGGGAUCUCGGAACUCUAUGUACAUAUGUAAUGGAGUUAAAGUCGUUUUCCUCCGCAGUGUAGAACAAGUUGUCAAUCCGAUAGCUAUCGUAACAAGCAGCAGUAUCACCUAUCUAUUAGGUAUGCAAUCCGUAAUUUGGAAUUAAUUACUUGGUACAUUUAGGUAGCAG